AUGUCUGCCACCACCAACAGCGCGUCUAACCCUGCUGCCCUCCAUCUUCUACCCGCGUUCAGCACUAGGGCUGCAUAUGCCGAGUACAUUGCCAGGGUUGAGCAACAUCUUCUGUACCUCAAGGAAGACUUCCGCCUCCAGUGGCCUUCCAACGCGAACGCGAACACCGAUGCUACUGUGAAGCAAGAGCAGCUCGAAGUAAGAGUUGGUACAUUUGAGGGACUGAUAGAUGACGAUGCCAGGUCGACUGGCGCAAACUAUGGAUCCCCGAGCCAUUUAUCGGAACGCUCGGCUUCGCCAAUUCCGAGCGUCAGGAAGCAAGAAUCUGCCUCCCCUUCUCCUUCUCAGACCACCAGGAACCUCACUACUCGUCGUUCGUCGCCUCCUCACUCUUCCACACCUUACCCGGGCUGGAAGCCCAUUGGCUACGUCCCGCCCACGGAUCGCGAAGUUCGACGCGAGCCCGCCCUGACACAGGUCGACAACGGCGACCACGUCGUCUGGAUGAACGCGGAAUACGCCCGGUGGAACUUUGAGAGGAUGCCCCAGGGUUCAAAGUCGACGAGCUCCCACUACACGACACCCGAGGACCGCAUCCCGCGCCCGAGCAUCAUUGUCUUCCCUCCUGCUGCUCGCCCUGCUGCAGCUGAGGUCGCUCAACCUGAGGCCGGACCCUCCGACGUGGUGGCUAGGGUCGAGGCUGUACUUUCCGCCAUGAGUAGCGAUAGUAGUGGCGAGGCCGGAAGUAGCAAGUCGUCGACCAGGAAGCGUUUCCGCGAGGAGGACGACAGCUCCAGCGACGACUCCGACGCUCGCCCUAGGAAGCGUAGCACCAGCAGCGACUCCGGCUCCUCCCAACCUUCCUCGCCCACCACGAGUGGCCCGAGGCGUGUAAAGCUCAUCCUGGGACCUGAUCCUUCCUCGUCGACCCCUCGCCGCUCUCCCCGGUCGCCCAAGGGCAAGGGCAAGGAGACGAAGAAGGGCAACAACUGA